UCACCUGCCCCUCUGUCUCCCUACCCAGCCCCCAAGCCUCCCCACCAAGCCUCCACUGCGCAUGUGCCCUGCAUCCCUGCCCCUUCUGGGUACCCGUAGGCGCUCCCGGGCGCUGGCGGCGGCGGCAGAGAUGGAGCCGCGUCACGGGCGCCCGGCCCGUUAAAACGCUGCUGGCUGGAGCCACCUCCCUCCCUGCAGCCCGCAGCGGGAAUGGAGUAAAGGGAGACCCGUCGACCUGGCCACGGGGAUCAGCGAUGGAAUUAAAGCAAUCUUUGUCCACCCAUCUGGAAGCCGAGAAGCCUCUGAGGCGCUAUGGGGCGGUGGAGGAGACGGCUUGGAAAACGGAGGGACUGGGGAGAAAUCAGCUGGACAUCAUCUCCAUGGCGGAGACAACCAUGAUGCCAGAGGAGAUUGAGCUGGAGAUGGCAAAAAUUCAGCGUCUGCGGGAAGUCUUGGUCCGCCGGGAGUCUGAGCUCAGGUUCAUGAUGGAUGACAUCCAGCUCUGCAAGGACAUCAUGGACUUGAAGCAGGAGCUGCAGAACUUGGUCGCCAUCCCAGAAAAAGAAAAAACCAAACUGCAGAAGCAGAGAGAGGAUGAGCUAAUCCAGAAGAUCCACAAACUGGUGCAGAAGAGAGACUUCCUGGUGGACGAUGCGGAGGUCGAGCGGUUAAGGGAGCAAGAAGAAGACAAGGAAAUGGCUGAUUUCCUGAGAAUCAAGUUAAAACCUCUAGACAAAGUAACCAAAUCUCCAGCCAGCUCCCGGGCAGAGAAGAAAGCAGAGCCCCCACCUAGCAAGCCCACGGUGGCCAAGACGGGGCUGGCACUGAUCAAGGAUUGUUGCGGGGCCACCCAGUGCAACAUCAUGUAGCCCCAACGUGGGGUGCCCUGGGGCCAUGGGGACCCCCCCACCCUCUUGUCUUUAUAGCCCCCAUUUCACCGGGGCCCAAGAGCUCUCCAAGGCAGAAGGGGUUGAAGGCAAGCCCGUGACUGUCGCCAGAGGCCAUAGGCACGGUAGGCGGGCCUGGCCACCCUGUACAGAGUGUAGCAGUAGGGAGUCCCUCACCGUCGCAUGGUCCUCCCCAGAGCAUGCCGAACCCAGGAGUCUGUCUCACUGUUUAUCCAACCACCAGGAAAGGUCCUCCCUCAAAAAAGCAUAUCUCCACUUCUCUCUAGCUGUAUCUAAGCCACCGUGUGAAUGAACUGGGACAGGGGCAUGCUCCCCAGCUGUGUGUAGUCGUGACUUCUCAACAAUCUAGCACCAUGUCGGACACGUUCCCCAUCCACCCUCCUAGCUCUGCUCUCAGAGCUAGGCACCUGGGCACAGGUCCCCUCCCCUGUCUGUCCUCUCCCAGCAACUGUGCCCUGGAGGGCUCCACAUGGCCCCCGUGUCUCUCGGGCACCACCCAUAUAGCAUUCCCAGAGACCCAGAGGGCCCAUCUGUAAAGAUCGAGCUUGUGUGUGGUGUCGUGGUCACAUCUCCCGCUUCCCCCCAUCCUGUGUCUGGGCACAGUUCACAUCAGGACAGCAUCCCCUGUGCUCUCAGUCGGCCCCAGGUGUGUGCCUGGAGGGGGCCUGGACUGGCAUGGAUCCAGUGUGCAGAAGAGCCAGCAGGGAACCGGAAGCUCUGAUGUCAAGGCCAGAGCAGUUGAGAAUGGGACCCAGAGUAGAUGCUGACCUGGGCACGCCACCAUUCCGGGGCCACCACAGAGAUGCCAGCAGGAUGCCACUUUGCCAGACCGACGCACGGACCUUUGUAAAGAACAGCAACAGGCGGGAGAGGCAGCGUGUGACCAGAUUGUGUCCCGUCAUUGGGUGGAGUAUGUUAACUAGCUGCCAAACAACUUCAACUCGUGUAAUUCCAUGUACAUUUGCGACAGCCAGCCCGGUACAGCCUGUGUGACUUCUCUGUAUGUGUGUGUGUGUCGUGACCGGCCUAAGUAGUUAGCAUAACUCAAGAUCGCUGAUGUGCAGUCACCCAUCAGAGAAAAUAAAAAUGGAAACCACGUUCACGGCAUUUUAAAAGUUUUUACUUUUUUUCUUGAUUAUGGAAGUAAUCCAUGUACAUAGUAAAUCAUUUUAAAAGUACAAAAAGUAUGAAGAAGUUUGUUUUUAAAAAAAAAAUUAUUUCUCCAACUAGAGACCACUCUGACACUUCGACGUUUUAAAAAAGUCUUUUUUUGUACAUUUUUUUAUCGUUGACAUCAUAUUGUGAUAUCAUUUAUAACCAGUUUUUUCCUACUUAUACCACCACCGUCUUCCACAUCAUUAAAAGCUCUUUGUAAACAUUAAACACUCUUCAUAAAUCA